AUGGCAUCAUUUUUUUAUGAACUAAUUUCGGUCUUAGAAUGUGUUACAAUCAUUAGUUCCCGUAUUUUGUUAGCGGGAGAUUUCAACAUUCACAUGGAGGGGUCGAACAAUCCAAACGUUGUUGAUUUACGUAAAGUAUUAGAAAUGUUUCAGUUGAUCAACCACAUAGAUGAACCAACGCAUAUUAUAGGAGGAACACUCGAUCUAAUUGUGACGUCACACAAUAUAGCGGUCAGUGAAGCAAAGGUUUAUCCUAGUGGAAUCUAUUCGGAUCAUGGUUUGGUACAGUCAAUACAUAUUUUAUCAAUCAAAAUUUCAUUUUAUUUAGAUAUCCAUAGAAUGGCAGAUGAUUUACCACUUCGAAUAUCUAUAUUAGACGCUGACUCAAUUUCACUGUCAUUAGUUUCAGAAGAUGUUAAGUAUAACUGUGCCUAUUGUGGAAAAGUCAGGCUGGAUCAAGUUCAACUUAAAUGUGGCCAUAGGAUAUGUUCAUAUUGCUUUAAAUUAAACGUCAAUUUGGAUAUUGAAGCUAUAAAUUGUCCAAAAGAAGAAAAUUGUGACCAUUCUUUAGUUAAUGAAGUAGAACACUAA